AUGGCCUUUAAGCUGUUGUCGAAAACGGCGCUGCUGGGUCUCGCUCUGGGAGCCGCGGUCCCGAACAACAACGGGUUUCCCAUGCCCAACGACCAGCAGAAGCUCCAGAUAGCGCAGCAGGCGGGAGGGCUGCUCCCUGGCGGCCCGGCGCCCAAGUCGCUCGGCCCCGACAGCAUAACGGCCUUCCAGCUCAUCGCGUUCAACGAACUAUUCGAGACGGCCUACUUUAGCUCCCUGCUCCACAACAUCACCUCCGACGCGUCCGGGUACCAGUCCGGGAACAAGACGGAGUUGGUCAAGAUAUUCUCAACAGUUUUGGCUCAAGAGCAGCAGCACGCGCUCGCGGCCGUGUCCACGCUCGAAGCCGUCGGGGCCUUUGCGCCGCAGGCCUGCCAGUACCAGUUCCCCGUGUCCGACCUGAGGGCCGCGGUCAACCUCGCCGAGACUUUCACGGCGGUCGUGCUCGGCGCGCUGCAGGGCGCAAACGUCAUCCUCGGCCAGGACCAGCAGCCGGGCCCCGUCCGGAUCAUCUCCUCCGUCAUCGGCCAGGAGGGCGAGCAAAACGGCUUCUACCGCGUGUUCCUGGACCAGGUGCCCUCCGAGUCGCCCUUCCUGACGACCGUCCCGGCCCCCUUUGCCUGGUCUGCGCUGCAGGCGUUCGUCGUGCCCGGCUCGUGCCCGUUCCCGCUCAGCAAGAUCAAGCUCCCCAUCCUCCCGCCGCUCGCGGUCAACGGGGGGCCCAUCGCCUCCGUCGAGCCUCAGGACCAGACGCUGUCCUUCGUCGCCGACGUGUCCGGCUCGGAGGCUGCCAAGGCCUGCGCCGGCCGCGAAGGCCUCUUUGCCACGUACACCACCGGCCAGCAGCUGCCCAUCUCGGUGGCCGUCACGGACGUGGAAUGGUCCGCCGACAGCGUCAGCUUCAAGGCGCACUUCCCCUUCUCCGAGUUUGUCAUGCAGGGCUUCACGCACGUUGCCCUGACCACGUCCAACAACUUCGACAGCCCGGACGCGGUGGUUCAGGCGGCGCUCGCGGGGCCCGGGCUCAUCCAGGCGAGUAAUCGACUCUGA